GGCGACGGGGCGGCGGCCCCGGGGCAGGUGCGUCCCCUCGCGGUCUCCGGCCGCCGCGACGCCGCCGAGCGGGACGCGGAGCCCCGUGCCCGCCGCGGGCGCCCGCUCACCUGCCGCUGCCGCCGGCGGCGCCCGGGAGAUGCAGGAGUGUGAGAAAGCAGAGAAGUACUUCUCUUUACCUUCAUUUGUGGGCUCUCUGUCUGGUCCUGCGUUUUGGCUGUCCAUGGUUCAUAGGAAGGUGGGCGCCCCGUCCCGGCGGCCGGCUCCGCGGGGGCUGCCCCCGCAGCCCACCAUGACCGGGCCGAGGCUGGCCCUCGCCGCCGCGCUCCUCUGCAGCUGCACCUCGCCGGUGGCCGACGCCAACUCCUGGUGGUCUUUGGCCAUGAACCCCAUCCAGAGGCCUGAGAUGUACAUCAUCGGCGCCCAGCCGGUGUGCAGCCAGCUGCCGGGGCUGUCCCCCGGGCAGCGCAAGCUCUGCCAGCUCUACCAGGAGCACAUGGUGUUCAUCGGGGAAGGGGCCCGCAGCGCCAUCAAGGAGUGCCAGUACCAGUUUCGGCAGCGGCGGUGGAACUGCAGCACGGUGGAUAACACUUCCGUCUUUGGGAGGGUCAUGAAAAUAGGUAGCCGAGAGACCGCCUUCACCUACGCGGUGAGCGCGGCCGGCGUGGUGAACGCCAUCAGCCGCGCGUGCCGCGAGGGCGAGCUGUCCAGCUGCGGCUGCAGCCGCACCGCCCGACCCAAGGACCUGCCCCGGGACUGGCUGUGGGGCGGCUGCGGGGACAACGUGGAGUACGGCUACCGCUUCGCCAAGGAGUUCGUGGACGCCAAGGAGAGGGAGAAGAACUACGUGCGAGGUUCGGAGGAGCAGGCUCGCAUGCUGAUGAACCUGCAGAACAACGAGGCCGGGCGCAGGGCCGUGUACAAGCUGGCAGACGUGGCCUGCAAGUGCCACGGCGUGUCGGGCUCGUGCAGCCUCAAGACCUGCUGGCUGCAGCUGGCCGACUUCCGCAAGGUGGGCGACCUGCUGAAGGAGAAGUACGACAGCGCCGCCGCCAUGAGGAUCAGCCGCAAGGGCAAGCUGGAGCUGGUGAACAACCGCUUCAACAUGCCCACCCAGGAGGACCUGGUCUACGUGGACCCCAGCCCGGACUAUUGCCUCCGCAACGAGACCACGGGCUCGCUGGGCACGCAGGGCCGGCUGUGCAACAAGACCUCGGAGGGCAUGGAUGGCUGCGAGCUGAUGUGCUGCGGACGGGGCUACGACCAGUUCAAGAGCGUGCAGGUGGAGCGCUGCCACUGCAAGUUCCACUGGUGCUGUUAUGUCAAGUGUAAAAAGUGCACAGAGAUCGUUGACCAGUAUGUCUGUAAAUGAAAGGAGCUGCCAAAGCAACAAAUCUAUAUUAUAUAAAUCUAUAUAAAUAUAUUUUAUAUUUGUAUAAAUAAACAGAUUAUAAUAAUUAAAGAA